UAUGUCCAGAUCCUGCAAAACAGCCAGAACCAUUUCCAUCAGUAACUUCCAAUCAAGAUGAGAAGGUUGAACAAAAGUUCCAGAGUUGUCCAGCCGGGAUGGAAUGUUCCACUUCUAAUGAUUCUCCAAUCACCUGCUCCCUUGGGUCCUAUAGUUUGGAAGGCCAACGGGUUUGUUUGAAGUGUCCACCUGGGUAUGCCUGCAAAUACAGACACCAAUCCCCAGCUUCAUGUCCACCAGGCCAAACAACAUUUGGGAAAGAGGGGAUGACUGAAUGUAGUCCAUGUCCUGCAGGAUUUGCCUGUGAAAGCCCACAAAUUUUACCAAAAAAAUGUCCAAUUGGUACAUACAGCUUGGAAGGAUCCACCUUGUGUAGCCUGUGCCCUCCUGGAAGUGCCUGCCCACAUACAUCAUCAAUUCCUGUGCCCUGUAUUGUUGGUUCCUACUCUACCAGUGGACAACAGAAUUGUACAAUGUGUCGGCCUGGCUACGCCUGUUCCAAUACCACAAAAGCCGAAGAUGUUCAGUGCUUGCCAGGUUCAUACUCUGUGGGAGGUCAGUCUCACUGUACAGUAUGUCCAGCUGGAUAUUACUGCCCAGACACCAAACUGGACAUCAAGAUUGCAUGUCUCCCUGGACACUAUGCCUACACUGGAUUUGCAACUUGUAGAGCUUGCCCUGCUGGGUGGCAAUGUCCUCAGAAAGAUGGAAGCCAAAAUACCCAAUGUCCUAAGGGCACCUUCUCCACUGGACUUCAAAAGGCUUGCACAUUGUGUCCUGCUGGAAAGGCCUGUCCUACGACCAAUACCAAUAAUACCAUUCCCUGCCAGCCUGGGAGUUACUCUGUGGGGCAGCAAGCUGAAUGUACAGUGUGCCCACCUGGAUAUGAGUGCCCCUCGAUCACGGAGUCCAUUGUGAAGCCUUGCUCAAUGGGAUUUUACAGUUCAGGUGGAGCUGUGACAUGCACACAAUGUCAGCCUGGCUAUGCUUGUCCUUCACGCUUUGAGGCUCUUCAAAUUGCCUGCCUGCCAGGAACCUUUGCCAAUGCUGGAUUUACAGUGAGUCUGAAGAGGCGUUGACAUGUUUAGCUAAGAUGA